UGCAUAUGAAUCAAACAACCACAUGAGGACGAUGUGGUUUUCACUCUUUUAUCUGCUGCUGGUGUGUCAAACUACUGAGACUAUAAUGGAGGAAGAGGUGAAUUUAGGAGAAAAUGUGACUUUAGAAUGUAUGAUUGAUGUAAAAGACAUUUAUUGGGUUUUCCUGAAACCACCAGAUUAUGUAGUGGUGAUACUGCGAACUUUCUCAUCAGAAUCUACAUCAUCUCUUUUCUACCAGGAAAGACUGAAAGACAAAUAUUCAACAUUAACUUUGAGCCGUUUGUUUAUUAGUAAUGUAACUAUUGAUGAAUUAGGAAUAUAUUAUUGUGCAAAAACAGGCAGCAGUCUACAGCUGAGUGAUGGUACUAGACUUUACACCACAGCUGCUCAAGAUCAGAAUGAAACAGAACUGAACAGUCAAACCCAGCAGACUUUGAUCGUUUUAUAUGUUAUACUGAGCACUGUGAUGUUUUCUGCAGUAAUAGGCCUAUUCCAGGUUAAACGUAAAGUGUGUAAGAAAAGACACCAACAAUGUCAAAAUGAGGAACUGGAGCAGCUUUACAGCGCAAAUAGUGAAGAGUUUUCUGAAGUGGAGUUUCAUCUGUUUCACUGGACCAACAACACUUUUGUUCCUUUUCAGAAACCAAAGGCAAAACUUAGACAAAUAUAAUCAAAAGUUAAUCGUCUCAUACAGUAUAACACAAGAAUAUUUUAAUACAUAAUCACAGAAAAACAUAUUGUUAGCUUGAUUGUUGUUUAAGUGCAGUACCUGAACAUAUAACGAAAUAUUAUCAAUAUUACCUUUUAAUAGCAAUAUAUUCAAGUAAGGUGACUUAGACAAUCUCCUGAUGAAAACGUACCUGGGAACUUUCUCGCAACGCAUGAAAUACGUAUCAAUAAGUACAUUUCACUGUAGUUUCCAACAGAAAUUAACAAUAGAGGUUG